AUGGUUGUUAAUCCAGGCGAUGGGGAUUCUCCCCCACCAACCAAGCAUUCCUUUGGGCAGGAUUUCUUCUCAAAAAUCGGGAAUAAGAUCAAAUACUUCUUCAUGAAGAGAAUGCCGGGGUUUAUGGAUAAAAUAUCCGAUUAUCUGGUGAAAAGGCUCUUUAAAUUUGCCGAAAAGCUUACGCAGCGCUCUGUCCCUUCUUCGAAACCGCAAGAGAUCAUUGAGAAUCCUCAAACCGAGGACGACUUCAAGAAAAACGUGGAAUUCUUGGUCAAACAGAGCAAUCUUGGUGAUCAUACCAGUCAACUCAAUGAGUCGUAUCUCCGUGAAGUAGCGAAGAAAGCCGUCCAACUAAAGAAUGACCCGAAAAACCAUCUAAACAACCCGGAUCAGAUCACCACACUCACCCAGCUGGCCCUCUACCAACCGGUCCUCUAUUGUGAGGCACUGCAGGAGUUGGUCAAGCGAAUCAUCAGCGUGGCGACCAGAGCGGUGCCAGAAAAUCCCAAAGAGCCCGGCGAAAAGCUUGAAGGUGCCUCCUUGCGAUUCAUGAACUCGGACGCUGAACACACCAUUCGCAAGCUGGAAGAUCUAAGCCAAGUGGACUUCAAGGCUGACGAUUAUACUCCCUUGGGCACUCAACUUGACAAGAGGGUCCUGAAACCAUUCAUAUAUGACUUUCUCGAUACCGGAAAGGUGCUGCCACGACCACUGCUCAUUUUCACAAUCACCGAUGGUGAGCCAUCAACAGAAGCUCACGAUACAUUCCGGGAAAAGAUUGUUGAAUGUAUGCAGUUUCUUACUAAACACGAAUACCCCAGGGAGCUUGUGAACUUCAAUAUUAGUCAGGUUGGCAAUGAUAGCAACGCAGGGAAGUUUCUGGAGAGCCUGAAGAAUGACAAUGAAAUCCAGGAUAUUCUUCAUUGUACUGCAGAACACUUGGACGAACGAUUCGAAGAAUUGAGGGCAAACGAGAGGGAUCUGGAGAGAUGGGUGCUCGAAAUGCUGUCGAGACAGAUUCGAAUCAAAAAACCAGAACCCACAUAG